AUGGCCGAAUUCAUUGGUAGCAUUGAUCAAGGAACCACCAGUUCGAGGUUCUUGAUCUUCAACAAAGCUGGAGAGCCUGUUGCAUCUCAUCAAGAAGAAUUCUCUCAAAUCUACCCUCAGCCUGGAUGGCACGAGCAUGAUCCUGAGGAGAUUGUUUCUUCCGUGCACAACUGCAUCGAGGGUGCUAUCGAGACCUUCAAGAAAGAUGGAAACUCAAUUGACAGCAUCAAGGCAAUCGGCAUCACCAACCAGCGCGAGACCACUGUUGUCUGGGACAUCGAGUCAGGAGAGGCACUUCACAACGCCAUUGUCUGGACCGACACUCGUUCUCAGUCAAUCGUGAAAGAGUUGAAGACUCGUAAGGGCGCUGACGACCUCAUGCAAAAGUCUGGUCUACCUAUCUCCACCUACCCCAGUGUCACCAAGCUUCUAUGGCUGCUCAAGAACGAGCCAAAGGUGAAAGAAGCAUAUGAGAAGGGCACCCUCGCCUUUGGAACCAUCGAUGCCUGGCUCGUCUACAAGCUCAAUGGACACGAGAAGAGAGUCUUUGUCUCUGAUCCCACCAAUGCAUCCAGAACUUAUUUCAUGAACAUCCACAACCUCCGUUACGAUCCCGAGCUCAUUGCCUUCUUCAGCGAUGAAGAGUUCGAUCUCUCGAGAAUCCACAUGCCCGACAUUGUUAAGUCUUCGUGCGACAAGGCCUACGGCACCAUUGGUUCGGGAGUUCUGUCCGGCUUCAAACUUGCCGGAUGUCUGGGUGACCAGUCUGCUGCCCUGGUCGGCCAGAAAGGUUUCGAUGCAGGUAGCGCAAAGAACACAUACGGCACAGGUUCCUUCAUCUUGUACAACACUGGCAACAAGCCCGUCAUCUCGACCCACGGUCUGCUCACCACCGUCGCGUACGACUUUGACGGCACACCCAGCUACGCCCUCGAGGGUUCCAUCGCAGUAGCCGGUUCGGGUGUAAAGUUCCUCAUGAACAACCUCGGUUUCAGCUUCGACUCGUCAAAAAUCACCGAGCUUGCCGGCACGGUGGAGAACAACGGUGGUUUGGUGUUUGUCACAGCAUUCAGCGGUUUGUUUGCACCAUACUGGAUCACCGACACCCAAGGCACCAUCUUCGGCAUCACCCAACACACACAACGAGGACACAUUGCCCGCGCCACACUCGAGGCUGUCUGCUACCAGACAAAGGCUGUGCUGGAUGCCAUGGAGAAGGACAGCGGACACCCCCUCCAAGAACUCAAAGUCGAUGGCGGCAUGUCGAACAGCGAGCUGUGCAUGCAGAUCCAAGCGGACAUUCUCGCCGAAAACAAGAUCCCCAUCGUCAGACCCAAGAUGCGCGAGACCACUGCAUUGGGCGCUGCCAUUGCUGCCGGCUUUGCCGCUGGCGUGUGGAAGAACUUUGACGAGUUGAAAGAAGUCAACACUGCCGGGCAGACUGUUUUUGAAGCCAAGAUGGAGGCAAAGGACAGUGCCAAGGGGGUCAAGCGCUGGGAGAGAGCAGUCAACAUGUGCCGAGGAUGGCUUGUUGACGAUGAGUAG